AUGAUCCUAGAAGACGAAAAGCACGAUCUCACCAGCAGCACUGAUGGGUCCGAGAAAAGUCCCGUCUCUGGAAGCACCGAGCCAGACGCCGUGAUUGUCGACUGGAACGGCCCCAACGACCCUGAGUAUCCACGAAACUGGUCCAACGGACGAAAAUGGCUGAACGUGCUUCUGAUCUCCCUCCAAGGGACGCUCUCGCCUAUUGCAUCAACCAUCCUCACACUCGGCGUCUUCGAUAUCGCAGUCGAUUUCCACCUCACAAGUCCAUACACCCCGGUCCUACCCAUCGCCUUCUAUCUCCUCGGUCUAGCACUAGGUCCCCUAGGCGUGGCACCAUGUUCCGAGAUCUUCGGCCGUCGACCCGUCUACACCAUCUGCUUCGCCAUCUUCACCCUCCUGAAUGUCGGAUGCGCACUGGUCCAUCACAUGGCGGGUCUGGUCGUCUUGCGGUUCCUAGCCGGGGUGGCUGGUUCCGCUGGGCCCAGUCUAGGCGGGAGCAGCAUCGGGGAUCUGUUCUCGCACGAGGAACGAGGAAAAGCCCAAGCUGUCUACGGACUGGGCCCAAUCUGCGGUCCGGUUUUGGGAGGUGUCAUUGGGGGAUUCAUCGCCUACGGCACAAAUGGUUGGCGGUGGAUGAUGUGGGUGGUCACUAUUGCCGCGGGCAUAGUGACCUGUCUUGCGGCUCUUUUCCAGAAAGAAACCUACGAGCCGGUUCUCUUGAAGCAUCGGAAACGAGUCCUCGAGAAGGAAAACCCGGGAGUGACGUACUGGGUAGAGGGUGAGUCGGCAGCUCCGCAAGUUUUCCGACAAUCCAUCCUGCGUCCUCUACGACUACUUUUCUUCUCACCGAUAUGCACGUUCAUGAGUCUGUAUCUAGCGCUAGUCUUCGGCCUCCUCUACCUCCACAUGGUAACCAUCACCCUCCUCUUCUCCUCCCACUCCGAAUACAACCUCUACAGCUACCACUGGACGCACGGAACCACCGGUCUUGGCUUCCUCGGCGCCGGCCUCGGCGCCUUCGCCGGCGUCGCCUUCUGCAUGAAAUACUCCAACCCAUCGUACCGGUACUUCGCUGCCCGCUACGAGCAAAAGACCGGGACUGCUACGCGGAUGCCCGAAUUCCGACUCCCGUUCAUGCAAGUCGGGAUGUUGAUUGUUCCUAUCGGACUGGUGAUCUUCGGGUGGACGGCCGAGUACCACGUCCAUUGGAUCGUGACACUAAUCGGGGCUGCUAUUUUGGGCCUGGGCAUGGUGACGGCGUAUAUCUGCGUGCAGUCGUAUUUGGUCGAUGCUUUUGAGGAGUACGCGGCUAGUGCAUUGGCCGCGGCGGUUGUGGCGCGGUUUAUUAUCGCGGCGGUGUUUUCGGUGGUUGGGUUUCAGCUGUAUAGGAGGUUGGGGUAUGGAUGGGGAUCGACGCUAUUAGCGCUGAUUUGUUUGGCGGCGGUUCCGAUUCCUUUUCUUUUGGGUCGAUAUGGGCCGAGAUUGCGUCGGAUCGGGACUGGGGAGAUGGUUUGA